UGUGGUGUUUGUAAAUGUGUAAAUGUUAAACAUCAGUUCAAAUUGUAAUUAUGAUUAAUACUUGAAAGUUUAUUCGUUUGCAUGGAGGACCCAAUGGGCGUGGUCGAGUUUAUCCUCCCUUUGAGUUCCACUGCGCAGGAAAUUGAAACAAUAUUCAAACACUUAAAAUAAAAAUGACACUGCCGUGGGUGUAUUUUUCUUUUGAGGUUACGCAACUUUUUAUUCAUAUAGAUGUAUAAUGAGUUCAAAGCACUUUGAAACCAGGGAUCGAGUUAGUGCUUAAUUCAAUCCAAUCCUCAUUACAGCAUUUAUAAAUUAUUCAUUUUUCCAAUGGUCAAAUUAACUCAGAGACUGGUCUUGGGUACGGUAUAAAAUCAUAUAACCACUACCAUGACAACCCUGAGAGGAAGGCUUUCACUUUCCAGAGCCAGAAGUGCGCGCACGCGGUGAAAUUGCAAAUUAGGACACUGCGUAAACAGCUACGGCGGAUUUAAAUGAAUCCCAGCAUUAGUCCACUUUUAAAUAAGCUAUGCACAUGUUGUGAGGGAGGUGUGUUUGUGUUUCAUUGAGUUGUAUUAUUCCGUUUACUUUUUCUUGGUUUUUGUGGGUUCUGCCGUUUGUGUCCCCAUGAUGUAGUGCAACAUAUCUUCAGCGAAAUUUGAAAGAACAAUAUUUUGUAUGGCUUUCUAUGCACUGUUAAACUCCAUUUACUAUAAAAAGUAAAAUAUGUAUCUCAGAGUGAAUUAAAUGCCUGUUAAAUACUUUGUUUUCAGUUUACCCUAACUGAGUUGCCAUGUCCCCAACCAUUUUCAGUCACAUUCAGUUAGAAAUAUAAUUUACAAAAUCCUACAUAUUUCAAUCUUCUUAAUAAUAACGAUGUAACUACACAUGAAAUUCUUCUAAUCAAAUACCAUUUAUUGAGAUUCCUGCAUCAUUAUUAAAAUAAGAAAAUGUUCUCCUAAUUUCCCUGUAAUGUAAUAUCCACCCUGUUAAGCUGAUAAAAACACUUCUGGAAUAUAAUGGACUUGACUUUCAAGUCACCUGACUUUCAGGAAGUGAAAUAAUUUUUUGGAAGGGAAGCCAAACAUGAAAAGCAAAGCCUGGACUGUAAGCAGCUCAAUUACAACUGAUCUGUGGUACAACUGCCUCACUUCCGGCGGUGGAUACCACUGCAAAGUCGCCAGCAAUGAAGACUGGAUCCAGGCAGUACAGGCCCUCAUGGUCCUCUCUGUGCUGUUCUGCCUCCUCUCUCUCGUCUUCUUCCUGUGCCAGCUCUUCACCCUAGUCAAGGGAGGCAGAUUCUUCUUUACGGCUAUCUUCCAGAUCCUUGCCAGUCUUUUUGUGAUGUGUGGAGCCAUAAUCUACACCGUGAUGAGCCCUGAUAGGGCGGUGGGCGUGGAGUUUGGCUAUGCUUACAUUCUAGCCUGGGUGGCCUUCCCUCUGUGUCUGGUCAGCGGACUCAUCUACAUCAUACUGAGGAAGAGAGAAUGAGAGAGACAAAGGGGAAGACCGAGGUUGAGGCCUCAACCCACCAAAACCACCACCAGAACUAGUGUUACCAUGUUCCUGGAACCUUCAAGAAAUUCUAUGUUUUUUCCCCUGAAAUCCCGGUUGGAGUUUUCCCAGGAUCAGGAAGUAAUAAGCAGAAAUUCCGGAAUCCUCUACCCAGGAUUUCUGAAAAACCAGGGAAUUUGUGUAAAGUUCCGUGUUUUUGAGACUGACCACCAGAGGGGCUGAUGUGCAUAAUACUGGCUGCAACGAAGCAAACUGAAUGGGACCCAUUUGUUUAAUGUGUUUGAAACCAUUCCUUUCAUUCUGUUCCAGCCAUUACUAUGAGCCUGUCCUCUGAAUGAAAGUGAUACCAGCCGCCAAUAUUGACCACAAACCAGAGACACACUGGCUACCCAUAGAUACCCCUUAGACUGGUCCCAGACCUGUAUGUGCUUCAGACAGUUCCUCAGACUACACCCGGUACUGCAUGACAACACUUGUCAAAAGAGUUGGUUUUAACAGGCAGAUCUGGAGUAGUGAUGUAAUAGGUAUAUCCAGCCUACACGCCUUGGGUUCAAAUAGUAUUCAUUUUCUGUCAAAUACUUUGAGCAUUUGGUUUAAACGUGCUCAGUCAAGCAUGCCCAUGGUGUUUGAAAGAAACACAAUCCUAUUGCAAACCAGGUCUGCUUCAAAACCAGUAACAAUACAGAGCAACAAAGUCAUGUUACAAAGACGGUCUAAAGAUGUACAUAGUUUUUGUGGUUUUUAGACAUAUUUAUAGCAUUUGUGUCCUUUGACGUACCUUUUGUACAUAGUGUUGUCGAGAUGUUUCCUUGAGUCCAGUUCAUUGUCAGAGCUCUUGUCUUUCACGCUUCCGUAAACGGGCAGAAGAAAAGACUAAAGCUGUGAUUUCAGCUUUAAGUGGGAAAACGCCAUGGCUCAGACAUUUAUUAUUCCUGGACUCAAAUUCACAACUAAUUAUGGUAUAUUAACGAGCAGCCCUAUUACCAUUAAAAAAUGAUUUUAAAGAACAAAAGUGUAGUGCCAGUACCUUUAGACAAAGUGAAUAAAAACACAAUAUCCUGGCCUGGUCCCACUUCUGUUUGUAUUAUUUUUAUGAAUUCCUUUACUCUUAUUGUCCAGUAAAAUGAUAAUGAUUUUCAUGGAGUUGACAAGAUGUCCCACAAUGACUGGAACUCAGGUUAACAUUGGAAGUCUGUUCUCUCCGGUCAAACAGAAGGCUUUCAGUUGAAAAACACAUUUAGUGACAAACAGAAAGAAGCGGGGAGGGAUGGAUAUGUCCAGUAGAAACUCUGGUUGCCCAAAACAUUUAGGUUUUUGGCGGAAUGAACACAGUGUUUUUGAUUGGCGGAAUGAACACAGUGGUUUUGAUUGGUGGAAUGAACACAGUGUUUUUGAUGAGGGAAAAAUAGAGGUAUGUUUUGGAUCCGACCAUCUAUAAUUGUGUUAAUGAAUUGUUCUACUUUAUUUUUUUUAUCUUUGUAUGUGACAUGGCAAAUAAAAGCCAUACUUACUGUCUAUUCCGAUUUUGAAAUUAAAAUGGUGCUUUGUAUCUGCAAUGCUUGAAUUGUAUAGCCUACCUGUUUGUGUUGCCAUCACAUGCUUUGAACAUUGCUUGUCUUUUCCCUGUACCCUGCCUUUUCUGUACAAAGAGGAAUUUGUUACUUUUUGUCUAUAUUCUUAUAAAUAAAACCACAGAAAGAACAUG